GUAAGUUACUUCAGCAUUGAAGAAAAUACGAAAAAAAAAAUUAUCUAUUCAGUCGUGAAUAUAUAUUUUUCAAUUUUACAUUUACAAAAAGUUUUUUUAUAACACUUUAUAUUUGAUAAUUGGUUUUUGCAAUUUUUGUAUUGAAAAUUUUUAACAAUUCACCAGGCAUCUGUGAACACACCAACAACUGAUAGCAAGGCAUCGAAACAGAGAAUAGCUGCAUUGGUAAGCAAGCAAACUGACGCAGUUAACGGCAGACGAACAAGAAACGGACGACGGAUUUUUAUAAGAGCCACAAUUGAAGCGAAGAUAAAAACUAUAAAAGCCGAAGAUGAAUGAAUUCGAUGGUAAGAAAUUCUAUGGAUUCUCGCUGCACGAUGAUCCCGUCUUGAGCACGACAACAAGGAAUUUCGAAUUUAAGUACACACGCCCCGAGCAUUUGGAACGUCUGAUACAGAAGGUACAGCAGACCGAUCCGGACCAUGAACGUAAUCGCAAAAAGGAAAUACUGAAUCGGCUUUGCAAAGCAAAGAAAAUGCCAUGCGUCAACGAUACACACACACCCUACCGACGUGAUGCGGAUGUCGAGACGCAUGUGUCGCGCGGUGACGCAGGCGGGCGUGUACGCAACUUAAGUGAUACGGAGAUCAAUCAGCUGAUCGGCAAAGUGAAGAGCUACGGCGACUUGCGUAGACAAAACUCAACCGACACCUAUGCAAAAGCGAAAGACACCACGAAAUCCAUGCAGCCGUCCAUGGCAUUGAAAAGCAUACUACGCAACUCGACACAUGAUUUUCCCAAUGGCAGCGGCACUGUCGAGCCGCGGCAGUCGCCCAGGCUACUCUGUAAUCCGUAUGAAUAUAGCGACGAUAAUUGCAUUGGCGAUGGUGAUUUGUAUGGUUCGGAGCCCACUUCGGAGGAUCAAAUACUCUGCAAUCCUUUUGACUUGCCGCACGAACCGCUUUACGAAUCACACGCCAUGCACAUGCCACAUAUGCGACGCGAACUGCAUAGCGGUUUGUGUAAAUUGCCCGAUGUGCCGGAGGAGGAUGAACUGUUCGCAUCGCGAACUGUAAUGCCGACGGUGGUUGAGGAAUUUCGUCAGCCGCAAGCGAAAUGGGUGGAAAUUUGCGCGGAGCCGGCCAUGGAGAAGGCGCAAUCAGCUGAAAUCAAGUUCGCCGAAUUCUCGGAGAAGUCCGAACGUUUACCGACCAAUGUCACCUACACAAUGCACUCGCAUGAGCUGCAAUUGCCCAUACAGAUCAGCGCACCGGAAAUGAUGUUGAAGAAUAUGUCGCCACCGCCGAGUUUGCCGAACAUGGCGCUCACCUAUGCGCUCAACAGUUAUGACGACAAUCCGUCGACUUACGAAAUAGAGGAUAGCGAUUUGGAGUACGAGAUGCUGGAGCGCGAACAAUACACAAAAUAUUGUGGUGCGCGUCCCAAAAACGAAGAGUUAACGAACAAUUCGAAUGGCAGCGGUGGCCUGGCAGAGUUUGUCGAACUCGAAUCGGAAAUUCCCAAUAUGAACUUGAGCUUCUUGAAGAAUGUCUCACCAUUAAGAUACUCGGAUUUGACCGACGAGCGCGAAGAAGAAAAGAAAGCGGUCUUGAAGCAGAAUCAAUUUAAAAUGGUUAUCAAAAAUCGCAACACGAAAUCUCCCACGCCAACCGUAGAGAAGGAGCCAUCUAUCGCAACCAGCAAGGAUACCAAGAAGAAGUGCGCCAAACCGAAGAAUAAACCAACUGAAGAAGUCAAACCAAAUCCACGCAAAAAGUUAACAGCUCGUAGUCCGGAUAUCUCUUCGCCGGCUGAGAAGUCUUCGCUAGGCACACCACGUUCAGGUGGCAAGAGAUCCUCGACAACCACACCAAGACCACAUAAAGAGCGUAACUCCCAAUUGAACCAAAUCAGUUCCAACGAGUUGCGUUCCAUGAAAAACAUAAUUUUGACUAAGUCGAUUGAAGAUUUGAAAAUGGAGAAGAUGGCGAUCUUUGCAAAAAUGACCAGCACACAGGAACGUAUUAUCGAAACGCUGGAUAAAUUGCGCAUAAGCUUACUGGAGCUCUACGUGCCGGAUAGUCAUUAUGAGAAGACCAGACGUCAGAAGAAUGCCUUCGAAUUCUCUGUGAGAUUCUCGCGUAAUUUUCUAUAUCCCCUAAAGGGCAUGAUCGAAGACCUCCGUGUAGUUUCGGUGGAGCAACUCUGCAGCGCCGUCUCCAAUGAGGCUACACAGCGUGUCCACAACAUAUUUACGCUCAUCCACCAAUCACUGCAGACAUACUACAAACAACUCCGCUACUUUCUGCUCGAUCAAGUGCCGCAAAAGCUGAACACGCUCAUUGAGUUGGCCAGCACCACAGUGAGCAUUUGUUUGGAGAAGCAAAUCUUCGAUCGUAACGAUGCCAUAAUCGAGUGUCUGCAAGAACGUUGCGCCAAGUUUCUCGGUUUCUUGGAGGACAUGCACGAGGAGCGUUUCCUUACGGCACGCGAUAAUUAUCGUAAAGCAAGUUUCGACAAGACUGCCUCCAAUUACAGCUUGAAAAUGUUCAUGAACGAUCUGAAUAUGUACGAACCGAAACUGGUGCCGAAGAAUCACUACAAUCACCGACGCAAACCGAAAUUACGACGCGUGCUGAAACCGAGCACAACAACAACGAAGGCGAAAUCGAACACCGAAACUGCGCCCGUACCGCAAACAUCUCAAAUGGUGAUCACUAAACCGGAUGGCGAUCAAAUUUCCACGCAUAUCAACGAUUUGGCAAGGAGCUCGGGUCUUUUCCAAAGCGCACAAAAUAUCGCCGUGGAUCCGAUUGCGCCACCAGCCGAACCGAGCAUGAACUCCGAGGAAUUACCGACACUUAACAAGGCGCUCAUUGAGGCACUACAAACUGUGACUAAGGAACAAAUGCGUCAGGUGCUGCAGCCCAUUAUGCAAACGCUCGGCUCGGUGAUCGAGAAGAAGAAUGCUUCUAAAACAAUUGAAGAACUACUCAAUGCUUUCAGCAGUAAUUUAAUUUCACUGGCAGAAGGUGAGCAAACGAAGAGAGUAAAUCCGGAAACAUACAGUGGUAAUGGCGACAAAGUGCGUGCUGGCGCCGAAGAGUUGAAAGCGUCCAAGCAAACUGAACGGCAGCGUAACCGGCAUCGCCAGUCGAACUGUGAAUCGACCAAACGCAACAACGAAGCAGCCGCAUUCUUCGGCGGCACAGACGGCACAGCGAAUGCCUUCGAGACGGCAAUCGGUGAGCUUAGCGCCGACGAUAAUGACGAUGAUAAUUAUUAUGAUGAUGAUGGAUUCGAGAAUGACGACGAUGCCAACGAUGGCAAUGACGAUAUCGAUGAAGAUGACGAUAAUGGCGAUGGUGUUGACGAUGGCGAUGUUGUGGACGAUGACCAAGCCAGAGACGCGACGACCGAGCCCACCGAAAUGACCGACCCCAGCGAGACAACCGAACGUAGCGAGCCCAAUGAGGCCAGCGAUGCGGUGCGCUACUUCCGUGAUGGCUAUGCCGGCAAGAAUAAGAACAAGAGCGGCAACAUAAAUAACAACAACAACAACAAUAGCGGUAGCAACAUUAAAGUGAAUGGCAGCAAAAUUGUGGUGUUUGAUAGCUUCAAGUUGGACGAGAACGGCGAUGGCGAAAGUGCUGGUGACGGCGACGCUGACGCAGAUGGCGACGGCAACAGAGACGACGGUGACGAUGUUGCCAGUGAGAGCGGUUCGGAUUUCGCGAGUUUUGAGGGCAAUUCGAGCAGUUUUGAUGUUGUGAUUGCCAUGAAGCCGGACAAGAAUAAGGUGAACGAGCAGCAACAACAAAAGCAACAACAACAAUUGCAAUACAACAGCAAGAAAGAGCAGCAACAGCACAAUACCGAGCAGCAGCAGUUGGAAAAAUUUGAACAACAACAACGACAACAACAACAAAGGCAUCAUAAGCCACUUAAGUUGAGCAAACAGCAACAACAACAGCAAUUGCUGCAACUGCAAAUGAGGCAACAACAACCUGAGCGCCAGCAACAAAAAGCGCUGCGUGAACGCACCGAAAACUACGAUACACACAUACAACAACAACAACAAUUGCUGAUGCAGCAAGUAUAUGAGGAACAAAAGCUGCAGAGCCAACAACAACUCGCCAAGCGCGAUGAGCGACGCUGCGAGCCGAAGACGAUCAGCCACAAAGUUUCAGCCGAACAAAUUCUCAAACAAUCAAACAAUUUACAAAAACAACUGAAACAACAACUGGAGGAACAUCAGCGCUGCAUUAUCGAACAACAGCAACAACAGCAGUUGCAUCAACAACAGUUGCAGCAGCAGAAAAUGCUCGAUCGCAAGGACGAACUGAAGCUGCAGGAAAAACAGAAACAACACCAACAACAACAACAGCCGAAACAACCCAGCUUACCGCCACCAAAACCGUUGACGCGCAAGCAACUGCAAGCGCAAGCGCAACAACAAGCGCGCAGCACAUUUACUUCGCGCCACACCUCACGCGCCAGCACCUCACGACUGCCGUCGUCGCGCGUCUCACCGCUGCGCACCACAAGUCGCGGCGUUCUGUCAACGCGCGCCAAGAGUCUCUCCAGCAGCCGCGCCGACAUGCAUGCCGACAAGUCUAAGUUGCUAAAGAAACGCCGCAAUCCGCUGAACUCGCCACCACCAGCUCCCUCGGCCACGCCUACCAAUUCGGCACGUACACCGCGCAGCACACGCGUCAGCACCGUCAGCUCAGCCAGCGCUGCUUGUAAUGCGCAAAAAGUGCGUGCACCAGCGCAACAAGCGCUUAGACCCUCACACACCACACCGAAUAUGGGCUUCUACCGGGCUGACGACGUUGGCGCUGGUGGUGAUACGCAUGCGCCAGGUGCGAGACUCUUACACGCGCAGUCACAAAUGCAACAAAUGUGCUCGAUGCUCAAGUCUGAGUUCGUCGAUAUGAUGAUACCGCUCGCAAGCGAUGGCGAUGUCAACGCCGACAAGGCUACAACGACAAAAGCGUCGGAAUCACGUUUAGACAAAUGCAACGAUAAGGCGCAACCGAAUCAGGCAGAUACACUAGCUAAUCACGAUCUAAUUGAGGCGCUUACCAACUGUCUUUUCAAGUAUAACGAAGCAAUGAAAGAUAACGGCAAAAAUAUCGCCAGCCCAAGCGUCGCCACACCCAAAGCUGAUAGGAGAGAAACGAGAAAUGUUAAUCCCGCAAGUCCCAUUACACUCUAUACCGGUGAGUCGCCUUACGAGAAAUUGAAGCUGAAGAAAGCACAACAGCGUCUGAAGAAAGAAUAUCAAAAGGAGCAAAGACGUGCCGAGCGCCAAAAAGCACAAAAGGAAAUGCGUAAAGACGCUAACAAGGAAGAACUCAAUGACUGGGAACAGGAAAACUCUGCAGAUGAAGGACACACCGACGAUAACGAUUAUGAAUUACCAGCAACCAACCAACAAGAAGACGAAAAGAGUUGUAAAAACGUAGAACUACCAACUUCGCCUUGCACGCUCUGGAAUAGCAACUUCAAGGAUAUACCGCGAAAGAAGGAUCUACACAUUGAAGAGCUAAUAGCCGAACGUGAUCAAUUUGUACGACUAUGUAGCAAAAAUCGUUUCUAUGCCAAUCCUAAUUUCAAUCAACCAUGGCGAGUGUUUUCAAAACUUGCCGCCAGACUCUCUAACGACAUCAUCGGCGUAAUCGAGGAAGACUUUAGCAUUGGUGUUUCGAAGUUUGUGCAGGACUUCCUGGAUAACGAGACCAAGAUAUAAACGGCUAUCUUCUCCGAUAUUUUUUAAUUGUUUUAACUGCAUACAUAUACAUUUUUGAAUAUUUUCCGUUGUGGUGUUGCACCUGUGUGUAUGUUUUUUAUAUGGAUAUGAUUUUUAAUAUUUUCUAUAAAAUUGUAGAACAAAUUUUGGCAGAUUUUAGAUACGCAAGUAGAGCUGACACGGUAGAUAAUCGACAUUUUUCGUGAUCAUGUCAAAGAUUAAGGUAGAUGAAAUCUCGAUAAUGAUUUUAUAACUUUAUUCUUUGACAAGUUUGCGAAAACCGAUUUCUACUGUGAAAUAUCAACGAAGCAUAUGACUAUGUGUAUAUGUAAGAAGUAUAUAUCAAUAUAUCCUGUACCUAUGCCAAAAUAGUUCAUGUAAAAAUUUGUUUACUAUUAUUAAAUUUUUUUCCUAAAUU